AUGGAGCUUUCGAAGACUCUAAGUAGCCCGGCGCGGGUUGCGUUCGCAUUCGCAUCGAAACAGCCCAGAUCGUCAAAUGAGUUGCACCGUGCCGGUGUCCGCCAUUCAUCGACUGUGCGUGCAGCGGACUUGACCUUUGGCCAGCCAGUCCACGAGACGCAUCCACAUCUACUCGCGCCUGGAGAGCUUACUCCAGGAAUCACCGCGCAGGAAUAUGCGGACCGAAGAACGAGGCUAGCAGCCAAGCUGCCUGAGAAGUCCAUCGCGAUUGUCGCCGCCAGUGACGUGGUAUUCCGAUCAGGCAGCGUCUUCUACGAGUUCCAUCAAGAUCCCGACUUCCUCUAUCUGACAGGCUUUAACGAGCCCGAGGCUGUCGCGAUUAUUGGGAAAGAUGCGACGGGCACAGACCAUACUUUCCGCCUCUUCGUGAGGGAGAAGAAUCAGAAAGCCGAGCUGUGGGAUGGAGCGCGGUCAGGGACACAGGCUGCCCGGGAUGUCUUCAAUGCAGACGAAGCUGGCGAUAUUGAUCAACUGAAACAUAUUUUGCCCGAGAUCGUCGGCGAGGCAACUCAUGUCUACACUGACAUCUGCCAACCAGAUACCAACCAGUCGGCACUGCACAGAUUCUUGUAUGGGGCAUCGCCGAAGAAAGCCGAGUUCGCGGAGCUCAUUGGACCUCGCAAACCUGUCCGAUUGCGGCCGGUGAUGAACGACCUCCGUGUUGUCAAAAGUGCGGCAGAGAUCGGACUAAUGCGAUAUGCUGGCAAAGCAUCUGGCCGAGCGCACACUGAUGCCAUGCGUCAUUCGUGGACAAAGGAAAAGCAGCUUGACGCAUUUCUUAGGUAUCAAUUCACCGUUCAUGGCUGCGAAACCUCGGCCUUUGAGCCAGUCGCGGCAGGUGGUCGGAACGGCCUGGGAAUACAUUACAUCCGCAAUGACGACGUCCUUCAGGACGACGAGCUUGUUCUCGUAGACGGAGGUGGAAAGUAUGGCGGGUAUAUUGCCGACAUCACGCGGACGUGGCCUGUAUCCGGCAAGUUCUCGGAUGCACAGCGUGACCUGUACCAGGCUGUGCUAAAUAUCGCCGAAACGCAGCUUGCUGAACAACUCAAACAGCUUGGAUUCGAUAUGUCCGGCAAGAACAUUGAAACCCUGUUUCCUCAUCAUCUCAGCCACUACAUCGGGAUGGACGUGCACGACACAAGUGGCUACUCAAGGCGCGCAAUCUUGACGGAAGGUCAUUGUAUCACCAUUGAGCCCGGUGUCUAUGUACCUGACGACAACCGAUGGCCAAAGCACUUUCGCAACAUGGCUGUGAGAAUAGAGGACAGCGUCGCUAUUCAAGAGGAUAGCCCUCACAUGCUCACAACUGAGGCAGUGAAGGAAAUUGUAGAUAUAGAAUCAUUGCGGAACUAA